AUGCUCAAGUUACUUAAAGGCGUACGGCGAUUAAAUGUCCUAGGCCGGCAUUACAGUUACGCCAACGUGAUAGGAAGUGAGCCGAAUAGAAAUGAUCCUUAUUACCUUGAGAAUAAGGCGAAAAUGGACGAGCUCGUGGAGGAACUCCGACAGAAAACAAAUGACGUUAUCAAAGGCGGUCCAGAGGAAGCAGUCAAGAGACAUAUUGCUAGAGGAAAAUUGCUUGUAAGAGACAGGAUUAACCGGUUAGUGGACGAUGGAAGUGACGUUUUAGAAUUAAGUACUCUGGCCGCUACGGACAUGUACAAAGGUCAGGUCCCGGGCGCCGGCAUAGUUACAGCUAUCGGCCAAGUUCAAGGUCGGGAUUGUAUGAUUGUUGCGAGCGAUGCUACUGUUAAAGGAGGCACUUACUUUCCUAUGACCAUUAAAAAGCAUUUAAGGGCACAAGAAAUUGCAAAGGAAUGCCGACUUCCCUGCAUCUAUCUCGUUGACUCUGGUGGCGCCCACUUGCCUGAUCAAGCGGAUGUUUUCCCUGACAAAGAACAUUUCGGUAGAGUAUUUUAUAAUCAGGCUAACUUGUCUGCUGAAGGUAUCCCUCAAAUAUCAGUGGUGAUGGGAUCUUGCACAGCCGGUGGCGCUUAUAUCCCUAGUAUGUCUGACGAAAGUAUCAUUGUUAAAAAGCAGGGAACAAUUUUCUUAGCUGGUCCACCGCUUGUUAAAGCAGCCACUGGAGAAACCGUGACAGCGGAAGAUUUAGGUGGAGCUGACCUACAUUGUCGCAAAUCAGGUGUCACAGAUCAUUACGCAUUAGAUGACGAGCACGCUCUGCAAUUGGCUAGAAAUGUGGUUGCUAAUCUAAAUUGGCAUAAUGAUCAAAGAAUUCGAGUUAAUUCAUCAGAUGUAGAUGAACCAUUACAUGAUAUCGAUGACUUACACGGAAUAGUUGGAGCGAAUCUGCAAAGACCUUAUGACAUCCGAGAAGUUAUUGCUAGAAUAGUUGAUGGAAGCAGGUUCCAUGAAUUCAAACAACUUUAUGGUGAGACUUUAGUAUGUGGGUUUGCAUCUGUUUAUGGUCAUCCCGUCGGAGUUUUAGGCAAUAACGGCGUAAUACAUUCGGAAGCUGCCUUAAAAGGAGCUCAUUUUAUACAACUAUGUGCCGCGCGAAAAGUACCCUUACUGUUUCUUCAAAACGUCACCGGUUUCAUGGUAGGGCCAGAAGCGGAGGCUGGAGGUAUCGCUAAAAACGGUGCCAAAUUGGUGACUGCUGUGAGUUGCUUUAAGGGGCCCAAAAUCACAGUACUAGUUGGUGGCAGUUUCGGUGCUGGUAACUAUGGUAUGUGUGGCAGAGCAUAUUCACCAAGUUUCCUUUACAUGUGGCCGAAUGCCAGGAUAUCAGUGAUGGGUGGUCCACAAGCAGCUACAGUGCUUUCAUUGGUUGCAAAAGAAAAGGCAAAUAGAGAAAAGAAGCCGUGGACAGAAGAAGAUGAAAAGAAAGUUAAAGAACCAUUGGAAGCGAAGUUUGAUCUUGAAGGCCGCCCAUAUUACAGUACAGCUAGGUUAUGGGAUGAUGGGAUCUUGGCUCCGAAGGAUACCAGGAGAGUAGUCGGUUUAAGUAUAUCAGCGGCAUUAAACGCACCAUUUAGAGACAGUAAGUUUGGUAUAUUCAGAAUGUGA